CACCAUCACUGGGCUAGGACGUGGCAGAGCAGUGAGCAGUGAACCGUCUGCUGUCUGCAGUCUGAUAGGGAGCCCUGGGAGUGCAUCCUGCUGGGUCACGUGACCGAACGAUCUAGGACGUGUUACUCAACCUCUCCAAGUCCCCAGUUCCUGACUGCAGAGUCCACUGAGGUUUAGACCGGGUCGCUGCCGCACCAAUUCACACUAAAAGGGUAGGGACUCCUGGGAAUUUGGAGAUGGGAAGCUGUUGUAGUCCAAGGGCUGGAGUUCUGGGAUUCUCCUCCAGGUGGGUAGAGAGAUGCAGGUACGAGGCCUCUUCUCAGGUCCCGUGGUCGCAGUAAGUGGAGGUAAAAAAAAUCAGCAGAUUGGUUUUUGUGGAAAGCAGCCUCCUGGCAAGAGGGGUUCAGGUGCCGAGUCCCACGCUAGGGCUGAUGGCCUCCGGACAGGUGGAGUCCUUACCUGGAGCACAGCCUGCAGGCUCUGGAGAUCCAUUCAUUGCACAGAUCCAUGCCGGGCAGGGCCUGCAAUUCACACCUCGUCCCUAGCCCUGGCUGCGCACACCGUCCGAGCUCCUGUGGUGAGCAGUCCCCAGUGGUUGGCAUAGACAGUGGCACAGGCUGUUCCGGAAGUGGCGGGACUCAGAAGUUCUGGCUGGAGAGGAGGGAGGGGAGAGGCGAGUCCCGGGCUGCUAGGAGCGGAGCUGCCCCAGGCCGAGGGUGGAGCUUUCCUGGUCGCCGGGAAGGGCUGGGCCCGGCCUACCAGUGAGGGCAGGAGAGCGCGGCGGCGGACGCUUCCCAGCGGAGUCCGAGCGGCGGACGGGGUCCGACGGGAUCUCCCACGUGACUCGGAGCCGCGGAUCGCCGGAUGCCCCAGAUUCCCCGGGCCCAAUUCCCGAUUUCGGAUCCUCAGGACCUUCCAAGCCGUAGCCUGGAUUUCGCCCUGGACUCCAGGUUCCGAGGAACGGAACCUUCGGCGGGACUUCGGACCUCUAGAUCCCGUAGGAGAUUCAGGAUCUCAGGCUCCCUGGACCCGUCACCCCCGGCUCUGGCCCGGCCCCGGGUGCCCAGGACGCGCCCGCCGCCCGAGCGCCCCCGCAUGGCGGGACCGUGCCCGCCGCCCGGGGCCCAGGAGCGCGCGGGCAGCUGCUGGCAGGACCCUCUGGCCGAGGCGCUGAGCCGGGGCCCGCCGAUCGCGCCGCCCCCAGGCCGGGGCUGCGCUCGGAGCCGGCCUCUCAGCCUGCUCUACGUGCUGACCCGGGAGCCGCAGCCCGGGCUGGAGCGGGACGGGGCAGCCGAGGCCGAGCCGCUGCCCCUCCGCUGCCUGCGGGAGGCCUGCGCGCAGCUCGUGGGACCGCGGCCCCGGCCGCAGCUGCGCACCCUGCCCUUCGGGACGCUGGCGCUGGGGGACACCGCGGCGCUGGAUUCCUUCUACAACGCGGACGUGGUGGUGCUGGAGGUGAGCAGCUCCCUGGCACAGCCUUCCCUGUUCUACCACCUUGGGGUACGUGAGAGCUUCAGCAUGACCAACAACGUGCUUCUCUGCUCCCAGGAAGACAUCCCUGACCUGCAGGCCCUGCGGGAGGACAUUUUUCAGAAGAACUCAGAUUGUGUUGGCAGCUACACACUGAUCCCCUAUGUGGUGACAGCCACUGGUCGAGUGCUGUGUGGUGACGUAGGCCUCCUGAGGGGCCUGGCUGAUGGGCUAGUCCAGCCCGGGGUGGGCACUGAGGCCCUGCUCACACCCCUGGUGGGCCGGUUUGCCCGCCUGCUGGAGGCCAUGCCCACGGACUCUUGUGGCUAUUUCCGGGAGACCAUUCGGCAGGACAUCCGGCAGGCCCGGGAGCGGUUCAGCGGGCAGCAGCUGCGGGAGGAGCUGGCUCGCCUGCAGCGGAGACUGGACAGCGUGGAGCUGCUGAGCCCUGACAUCAUCAUGAACCUGCUGCUUUCCUACCGAGACGUGCAGGACUACUCAGCCAUCAUCGAGCUGGUGGAGACGCUGCAGGCCUUGCCCACCUGUGACGUGGCUGAGCAGCACAACGUCUGCUUCCACUAUACAUUUGCCCUCAACCGGAGGAACAGGCCUGGGGACCGGGAGAAGGCAUUAGCUGUGCUGCUGCCACUGGUACAGAGGGAGGGCCCUGUGGCCCCCGACCUGUACUGCAUGUGUGGCCGUGUCUACAAGGACAUGUUCUUCAGCUCUGGCUUUCAGGAUGCUGGGCACCGAGAGCAGGCCUAUCACUGGUAUCGGAAGGCUUUUGAUGUGGAGCCCAGCCUUCACUCAGGCAUCAAUGCUGCCGUGCUCCUCAUCGCUGCUGGGCAGCGCUUUGAGGACUCCGACGAGCUCCGGCUCAUUGGUAUGAAGCUGGGCUGCCUGCUGGCCCGAAAAGGCUGUGUGGAGAAGAUGCAAUAUUACUGGGAUGUAGGCUUCUACUUGGGAGCUCAGAUCCUUGCUAAUGACCCUAUCCAGGUGUCACUGGCUGCAGAGCAGCUAUACAAACUCAAUGCCCCCAUAUGGUACCUGGUGUCCAUGAUGGAAACCUUCCUGCUGUACCAGCACUUCAGACCCACCCCGGAGCCCCUGGGAGGGCCCCCACGCCGUGCCCACUUCUGGCUCCACUUCUUACUACAGUCCUGCCAGCUGCUCAAAGCAGACAGUCCCCAAGGGGACCAGUGCUUGGUUCUUGUCCUGGAGAUGAACCAAGUGCUGCUGCCUGCGAAGCUGGAGGUUCAGGGCGUGAACCCCGUGAGCGCAGUGACCCUGAGCCUACUGGAGCCUGAGACCCAGGACCUUCCCUCCAGCUGGACCUUCUCCGUCCCCUCCAUCGGCGGUGUCAGCGCCUCCAAGCGGGACGAGCGCUGCUGCUUCCUCUACGCACUUCCCCCGGCUCAGGACGUCCAGCUGUGCUUCCCCAGCGCAGGGCACUGCCAGUGGUUCUGCGGCCUGAUCCAGUCCUUGGUGACGAAUCCGGAUCCCAGGGCGCCCGUGGAGGAGGCAGAGGGUGUGUGGGAGGUGCUGGAGUUCGAUUACGAGUACACGGAGACCGGGGAGCGGCUGGUGCUGGGCAAGGGCACGUACGGGGUCGUGUACGCGGGCCGCGACCGGCACACGCGGGUACGCAUCGCCAUCAAGGAGAUCCCAGAGCGGGACAGCAGGUUCUCUCAGCCCCUACAUGAAGAGAUCGCUCUGCACAAACGCCUGCGCCACAAGAACAUCGUGCGCUACCUGGGCUCAGCCAGCCAGGGCGGCUACCUCAAGAUCUUCAUGGAGGAAGUGCCUGGAGGCAGCCUGUCCUCCUUGCUGCGGUCAGUGUGGGGACCCCUGCAGGACAACGAGAGCACCAUCAGUUUCUACACCCGCCAGAUCCUGCAGGGACUCAGCUACCUGCAUGACAACCGCAUUGUGCAUCGUGACAUCAAGGGGGACAAUGUGUUGAUCAACACUUUCAGUGGGCUUCUCAAGAUUUCCGACUUUGGCACCUCCAAGCGGCUGGCGGGCAUCACCCCUUGCACUGAGACCUUCACAGGGACCCUACAGUACAUGGCCCCAGAAAUCAUUGACCAGGGCCCACGCGGGUAUGGGAAAGCGGCUGACAUCUGGUCGCUGGGCUGCACUGUCAUCGAGAUGGCCACAGGUCGCCCACCCUUCCACGAGCUCGGGAGCCCACAGGCUGCCAUGUUUCAGGUGGGCAUGUACAAGGUACAUCCGCCAAUGCCCAGUUCUCUGUCAGCGGAGGCCCAAGCCUUCCUCCUGCGAACGUUUGAGCCAGACCCCUGCCUCCGUGCCAGUGCUCAAGCACUGCUGGGGGACCCCUUCCUGCAGCCUGGGAAGAGGAGCAGAAGCCCGGGCUCACCUCAGCAUGCUCCCCGGCCCCCAGAUGCCCCUUCAGCCAGCCCUCUUCCUUCAGCGGACUCCACCACCCAGUCCCAGACAUUCCCACGCCCUCAGGCACCCUCUCAACACCCGCCUAGUCCCCCGAAACGCUGCCUCAGCUACGGGGACACCAGCCAGCUCCGGGUGCCCGAGGAGCCCGGAGCCGAAGAUCCCGCGUCCCUGGAGGAGAGUUCGGGGCUGAGCCUGCUGCAUCAAGAGAGCAAGCGCCGGGCCAUGCUGGCCGAGGUGCUGAAGCAGGAGCUGCCCACGCUGGCGGAGAAUCUGUGGCUGGAGCAGGACCAGGACCCCCGUCUGGGCAGGGAUCUUGUGGAACAGCUACUGCACUGCCUCGGGGCGCACAUCCACACGCCCAACCGCCGGCAGCUGGCCCAGGAGCUGUGGGCACUGCAAGGGCAGCUGCGGGCCCAGGGCCUUGAGCCUGCACUUCUGCACAGACCACUCUUUGCCUUCCCCGAUGCGCCCCACCUCUCCGAGGCUCAGCAGUCUCAGCGGCGCCACCCUCCCUCCCAGGUGAAGCAGAUUCUCCGCAGGCGCCAGAUCCGCCCGCACUGGAUGUUUGUGCUGGACUCGCUGCUCAGCCGCGCGGUCCGGGGAGCCCUGGCGGUGCUGAGCCCAGGAGUGGAGAAGGGUGCAGCCCCACAGAGGUCAGAGGAGCCCAGUAAAGAGGUGCCCCAGCCCAAGCAGCAGGACACCCCAGUCCAGCCAAGCCUGCUCCCAGGGGAACCCGAGCAGAGCCCCCCACCUCUGAUGGUGCAGCUGGGCCUCUUGCGAGCAGAGACUGAUCGGCUCCGAGAUGUCCUGGCUGAGAAGGAGUGGGAGUGCCGGGCUCUGAUGCAACAGGCUCUACAGCGGGUGGACGAGGAGGCCAGGACCUGCUCCCUGGCCUCAGGGCCCCCAGCUGCUCCAACAGUGGACCAGGGCCUGGUGCAGUGGCUACAGGAACUGGACGUGGAUUCAGGCACCAUCCAGAGAGUGAGGGAGAGGGUGCUGGCUACCCAUGACCUCUACCAACCCAAACUCCACCUCUGCCCCUCUUUCAGCUCAUGUUUCCCCGCUGAUACAGAGAAUCUCAACAUUAGAGGCACACUGCUGAACCACAGCUUCACCCUCCAUGCCCUACUGACCUGCGCCACUAAAGAUGACCUCACCUACACCCGAAUCAGGGGAGGGAUGGCAUGCCGCAUCUGGAGAGCCAUCCUGGCACAGCGAGCAGGAUCCACGGCUGUUACCCCUGGCCCCCAGGAGGCAGAAUGAGGGCACCAGAGGCAAGAGGCCAGACCCAAGGACGGGUGAAUGGAGAAGACGCCAGCAAGUUCUGACACACUCACCCCAGGGCCCGGGGGCAACUGGAAGGGACCAGGUGGCGGUAGGGGCAGUCCAGCCACAGAGAUGCCCAAGUUCACUGAGUACCACCGGACAAAGACUAUUAAACAGAACACUUUUGUACCUUU